AUGGCCCCAGCUAACGGCGAAUCGAUCGAUGCCCUGAAGGACCUCAUCAACAGCUUGGAGUCCCGGAUAGUUGGAUUGGAGAAGGCAUUGCUCAAUGGCGGUCAUUCGGACUCCAAUUCGGCUGCUGAGUCGAUGCGGAUGAUCCUGAUGGGCCCUCCUGGUGCCGGCGCCCAAGAUCAAGGAGAAAUACUGCGUGUGCCACUUGGUAUGUUUAUCUUUGCCAACCGACUUGUUUAUACCCUAGUAUCGUCCAUUGUCGCUCUAACAACUACAUACAAGUCUACCGGUGACAUGCUCCGAUCACAAGUCUCCCGCCAAACUGAGCUCGGCAAGGCUGCAAAGAAGAUCAUGGACCAAGGUGGACUUGUCUCCGACGAGAUUAUGGUCGGCAUGAUCAAGAACGAGUUGGAGUCGAACAAGGAGUGUAAGAAGGGUUUCAUCCUUGAUGGAUUCCCUCGUACAGUUGCUCAAGCUGAACGACUGGAUGACAUGCUUCGCGAACGCAAGCAGGCGCUGCAGCAUGCUGUCGAACUCCAGAUUGAUGAUAGUCUUCUUGUUUCUCGGAUAACGGGCCGACUGAUCCACCCGGGCUCUGGAAGAUCUUACCACAAAAUCUUCAACCCACCGAAGAAGGAGAUGACCGACGACAUCACUGGGGAGCCGCUUGUCCAGCGCUCUGAUGACAACGCCGAGGCAUUGAAGAAGCGGCUGGCCACUUACCACGCUCAAACCGCGCCAGUUGUUGGAUACUACAAGAAGACCGGUAUCUGGAGUGGAAUUGAUGCCAGCCAGGAGCCUGGCCAGGUCUGGAAGAGCAUUCUCGGAGUCUUUGAGCAGAAGCAGUCUCCAAUUCUUAGCAAGAUCGGCUUGUCCAAGUAA